AUGGAGAGAGUGAGCCUGCACUACUCGCCUGCUCUCGCGGGGAUUCUUCCCAAGAGGGUGCAACAGCUGUUGAUCCAGGGGGGCUUCCUCGAUAACCCGUCAGAUUCUACUAUAUUGCACCAUAUGCAAGAAUGGCAAGAGCUAUACUCACCUUGCUUCUGGAUGGGCACUUUUGCACUGAUACAAUUGAUAUUCAUCAUGAGUAUAUUGGCUCAAUUUCUGUUCAAGAAAUUCAGAUGGUGGAGACAGAGACUAAAGGCUUCAGCUCCUGAAAGCAAUAAACAACAUCAGGAACACAAGAUUACAGAUAUAAAGCUGGGUAUCUCGUAUAAAGCAUGCAAAGCUUGUUGCCUGCUUAUACUAGGCAGUCAUGUUCUGAGGGCAGUAUUUCUACAGUUACAUGAAAGAAUAAGUGAUUGCAAGUAUCCACCCUUUAUUUUUUGUGAAGGUUUGCAGGUGCUAUCGUGGAUAAUAUUGUCAAUACUAGUAUUCAGUUUCCAGAAAACAAAAUCUGCAAAACUUCCAAUGGUAAUUCGGUCCUGGUGGAUAUUUAGCUUUCUACAAUCCGCUACAACUGUUGUAAUUGAGCUCAGGUCAAUUUUGGCAACCCAUGACGAUAUAGGAUUUGAAGAAUGGAUUGAUCUGUUCAUGCUUGUUGUUUGCACUUACCUGUUUGCAGUUUCAGCCAGAGGGAAAACAGGAAUCACAUUGACAGACAGCAGCGUAACAGAGCCACUAUUGAAUCCAUCUGUGGGACAGCAGGCAGAAGCCAAACGGCCAUGUCCAUAUGGAAGAGCAAAUAUUCUUGAACUUGUCACCUUCUCCUGGAUGAACCCUGUGUUUUCUAUUGGAUAUAAGAAACCUCUAGAGAAGAAUGAGGUGCCAGAUGUUGAUGGCAAAGAUGCUGCUGAGUUUCUGUCUGAUUCAUUUAAAAAGAUCAUAGAUGAUGUUGAACGCAGGCAUGGCUUAAGUACUUCAUCGAUCUAUAGAGCAAUGUUUCUAUUAAUAAGACGGAAAGCAAUGAUCAAUGCAGGAUUUGCAGUUUUAAGUGCCAGCGCAUCCUAUGUCGGACCCUCACUGAUUAAUGAUUUGGUGAAAUUCCUUGGAGGAGAGAGGCAAUAUGGACUCAAAAGAGGUUAUAUUCUCGCUGCUGCUUUUCUAAGUGCCAAAGUUGUGGAGACCAUAGCACAGAGGCAGUGGAUUUUUGGAGCUCGACAGCUUGGGAUGCGGCUGCGAGCUGCUUUGAUAUCCCACAUCUAUCAAAAGGGCCUUCGCUUAUCCUGCAGUUCAAGGCAGAAGCAUACUAGUGGAGAAAUCAUAAACUACAUGAGUGUAGAUAUUCAAAGGAUAACUGAUGUUAUAUGGUAUACAAACUACAUCUGGAUGCUACCCAUUCAGCUUUCUUUAGCUGUCUAUGUCCUCCAUACAAACUUAGGGGUCGGGGCCUGGGCUGGUUUAGCAGCGACAUUGGCAAUAAUGACUUGCAAUAUUCCACUAACCAGAAUGCAAAAGAGGUUGCAAGCCAAGAUCAUGGUUGCCAAAGACAACAGAAUGAAGGCAACAACGGAAGUUCUUAGAAGCAUGAAAAUACUGAAACUUCAAGCAUGGGAUAUGAAGUACCUUCAGAAGCUAGAAACUUUACGAGACGAGGAGUACAAUUGGCUAUGGAGAUCUGUGAGGCUGUCGGCUCUAACAACAUUCAUAUUUUGGGGGUCACCUGCAUUCAUUUCCUCCAUAACAUUUGGCUCAUGUAUACUGAUGGGGAUUCCUCUUACAGCUGGAACUGUUUUGUCAGCUCUUGCGACAUUCCGCAUGCUACAAGAUCCAAUUUUCACACUUCCUGACUUACUUUCAGUGUUUGCUCAGGGAAAAGUUUCAGCUGAUAGAGUGGCAAAAUACCUUGAGGAAGAAGAAUUGAAUUGUGAUGCAGUUACACAAGUACCGAGAAACGACACAGACUAUGAUGUGGAGAUUGAUCAUGGAAUAUUCAGCUGGGAAUUUGAGACUACUUCUCCAACUCUGACAGAUGUAGAGUUAAAGGUAAAGAGAGGGAUGAAAGUGGCUAUCUGUGGAAUGGUCGGUUCUGGAAAAUCCAGUCUAUUAUCAUGCAUACUUGGGGAGAUGCCAAAGCUAGAUGGGACUGUCAGGGUCAGUGGCCGCAAAGCAUAUGUUCCUCAAACUGCCUGGAUCCUGUCUGGGAACAUAAGGGAAAACAUUCUGUUUGGAAACACACAUGACAAGGAAAAGUAUGAAAAAAUCAUACAAGCAUGUGCGCUGACAAAAGAUCUUGAGUUGUUUGCAAAUGGUGAUUUGACUGAGAUUGGUGAAAGGGGAAUUAACAUGAGUGGUGGACAGAAACAGCGAAUUCAGAUUGCAAGGUCAGUGUAUGAGGAUGCAGAUAUUUACCUCUUUGAUGAUCCUUUCAGUGCAGUAGAUGCCCAUACAGGAAGCCAGCUUUUCAAGGAUUGUGUAAUGGGAAUUCUUAAAGAUAAAACAGUGUUGUAUGUGACCCACCAAGUCGAAUUCCUUCCUGCCGCAGACCUUAUACUGGUGAUGCAAGAUGGUAAAAUCGUGCAGAAAGGGAAAUUCAAUGAACUUCUUCAACAAAACAUAGGGUUUGAAGCUAUAGUAGGUGCGCAUAGCCAGGCUCUUGAAUCUGUUAUAAAUGCUGAGAGUUCCAGCAGAAUACCGUCAGACAACCAAAAAUCAGCAGACAGUGAAGAUGAGUUCGAUACAGAAAAUGAAACAGAUGACCAACUUCAGGGCAUAACAAAACAAGAGUCUGCACAUGAUGUCUCGCAAGACAUCAGUGACAAGGGGAGGAUAACACAAGAAGAAGAACGGGAAAAGGGAGGCAUUGGCAAGAAGGUUUACUGGGCCUACCUGAGGGCAGUUCAUGGUGGAGCCUUAGUGCCAGUAACAAUAGCUGCACAAUCAUUCUUUCAAAUAUUUCAGGUAGCCAGCAACUAUUGGAUGGCAUGGGCAUCACCUCCUACAACUUCAACCACUCCAACCGUUGGAUUAGGCCUCCUCUUCUCUGUAUACAUAGCACUAUCUAUCGGAAGUGCCCUGUGUGUCUUGACUCGGUCCUUGCUUGUGUCACUGAUUGGUCUACUAACAUCAGAAAAGUUCUUCAAGAACAUGCUCCACUGCAUUCUGCGUGCCCCAAUGUCCUUCUUUGAUUCCACACCUACUGGUAGAAUUUUGAACAGGGCCUCUAAUGACCAAAGUGUUCUAGAUCUGGAAAUAGCAAACAAGCUAGGCUGGUGUGUGUUUUCAAUCAUACAAAUUCUGGGGACCAUUGGUGUUAUGUCACAAGUGGCAUGGCCAGUUUUUGCUAUCUUUGUUCCAGUGACGGUGGUCUGUUUCCUGUGUCAACGUUACUACAUACCAACAGCGAGAGAGUUGGCUCGUUUAUCGCAAAUUCAAAGGGCUCCAAUUCUACACCAUUUUGCAGAAUCGCUAGCAGGAGCAUCAAGUAUUAGAGCGUAUGGACAGAAAGAUCGUUUCAGAAAAGCAAACCUUGGUCUUGUUGACAACCACUCCAGGCCAUGGUUCCAUAACAUUUCCGCAAUGGAGUGGCUUUCUUUCAGGCUAAACAUGCUAUCCAACUUUGUCUUUGCCUUUUCUUUGACUCUGCUAGUGAGCCUCCCUGAAGGUUUUAUAAACCCAAGUAUUGCUGGACUUGCAGUGACUUAUGCAUUGAACCUCAACUCACAGCUGGCAUCCAUAAUUUGGAACAUUUGCAACACAGAAAACAAAAUGAUAUCAGUUGAAAGAAUAAUGCAGUACUCGAGGAUCCCUAGUGAGGCUCCUCUCGUAGUUGACCACUACCGCCCACCAAACAGCUGGCCAGAUGCCGGAACUAUCAAUAUAAGAUCCUUGGAGGUUCGAUACGCAGAGCAUCUCCCAUCAGUUUUGAGAAACAUAUCAUGCACAAUUCCAGGAAGGAAGAAGGUGGGGAUUGUAGGACGUACUGGUGGCGGAAAGUCAACUUUUAUCCAAGCACUUUUCAGGAUCGUUGAACCAAGGGGAGGAACAAUCGAAAUCGACAAUGUUGACAUCUUGAAAAUAGGGCUGCAUGAUUUAAGAGGAAGACUAAGCAUCAUUCCGCAGGAUCCAACAAUGUUUGAGGGAACAGUUAGAGGGAAUCUGGAUCCCCUGAAUGAGUACCCUGAUCAUCGUGUGUGGGAGAUUUUGGACAAAUGCCAGCUUGGUGAUAUAGUUCGGCAAAACCCAAAGAAACUGGACUCCACAGUUGUCGAGAAUGGGGAAAAUUGGAGUGUUGGGCAGAGGCAACUAUUUUGCCUCGGAAGGGUUCUCCUAAAGCGAAGCAAUGUUCUUGUUCUCGAUGAGGCAACUGCUUCAGUUGACUCCUCCACUGAUGCAAUUAUCCAAGAAACGAUCCGCGAGGAAUUCGGGAAAUGCACGGUGUUGACAAUAGCUCACAGAAUCCACACCGUAAUUGACAGUGAUCUCAUUCUUGUUUUCAGUGAAGGAAGAAUUAUAGAAUAUGACACACCCUCAAAAUUACUGGAGAACGAGAGCUCUGAAUUCUCCAGACUCAUAAAGGAGUACUCACGGCGAUCUCAUGGCUUCAGUGGAACAGCAAACAGUUGA